CGCGUCAUCUUCGCGCGACCCGCCUGGCCGUUCCAUUUACCCGGUGGCUCCGCGCCUCCCUGUAGGGUCCUCGUGACUUCUGCAAGUGAUACUGAAUGGCUUAAGGGAGGGAACUGGAGGAACCCAAGCAGUUCUCCUCGGAGCUGAGGAGUCUCGGCGGACCCUCGGAGCCAUUGGAGAUUUAUGCAGAGUCAUUAUAAUUAUUUUUAAUCUCAAUUCCAAAGGAUUAACCACUGGACAACAGUGCAAUUAUAUGAAAUUAUGGCUGGUUAUAAGCCUGUAGCUAUUCAAGCAUAUCCUGUACUUGGUGAAAAGAUCACACAAGAUACGCUGUACUGGAACAACUAUAAGACCCCUGUUCAGAUUAAGGAGUUUGGCGCAGUGUCAAAAGUAGACUUUUCUUCACAGCCACCAUAUAAUUAUGCUGUUACAGCUUCUUCAAGGAUUCACAUUUAUGGCAGAUACUCCCAAGAACCUGUAAAAACCUUUUCUCGAUUUAAAGACACAGCAUACUGUGCUACUUUUCGACAGGACGGUAAACUGCUUGUGGCUGGCAGUGAAGAUGGUGGAGUUCAUCUUUUUGAUAUAAGUGGAAGGGCUCCCCUUAGGCAGUUUGAAGGACAUACAAAAGCAGUUCAUACAGUAGAUUUUACAGCUGACAAAUACCAUGUGGUUUCUGGGGCUGAUGAUUAUACAGUUAAAUUGUGGGAUAUUCCAAACUCCAAAGAAAUUCUGACAUUCAAAGAACAUUCUGAUUAUGUGAGGUGUGGAUGUGCUAGCAAAUUGAAUCCGGAUCUCUUUGUAACAGGAUCAUAUGAUCAUACUGUGAAGAUGUUUGAUGCACGAGCAAAUGAGAGUGUUAUCUCUGUAGAGCAUGGACAGCCAGUGGAGAGUGUCUUGCUUUUUCCUUCUGGAGGUCUUCUGGUGUCAGCAGGAGGUCGUUACGUUAAAGUCUGGGACUUGCUGAAAGGAGGACAGUUGCUAGUGUCUUUGAAGAAUCAUCACAAAACGGUGACGUGUUUAUGUCUAAGCACUUCUGGACAGAGAUUACUUUCUGGCUCACUGGAUAGGAAGGUGAAGGUAUAUAGCACAACUUCCUACAAAGUAGUUCACAGUUUUGACUAUGCAGCUUCAAUUUUAAGUCUUGCACUUGCACAUGAAGAUGAGACCAUAGUUGUAGGAAUGACCAAUGGAAUACUGAGUGUUAAACAUCGGAAAUCUGAACCAAAGAAGGAUUCUCUUCCUAAGAGAAGAAGGCCUGCAUAUCGAACCUUUAUUAAAGGAAAAAAUUACAUGAAGCAACGGGAUGACAUUUUGAUCAACAGACCAUCAAAGAAAUACCUAGAAUUAUAUGACAGGGAUCUGAAACAUUUUCGGAUCUCUAAGGCACUUGACAGAGUCCUUGAGCCUAGUUGUACUAUAAAGACACCUGAGAUUACAGUCUCUAUCAUAAAGGAGCUAAAUCGAAGAGGGGUCCUUGCAAAUGCCCUCGCAGCGGAUGAAAAGGAAAUUAGUCGUGUUCUUAAUUUUUGAUAAGGUAUAAAAUCUUUGCUUUGUAGGAAUCUGUCUCAGCCACGAUUUGCCCCUGUUUUGAUCAAUGCUGCUGAAAUAAUUAUUGAUAUAUAUCUGCCUGUGAUUGGUCAGUCACCUGUAGUUGAUAAAAAGUUUUUGGUACUUCAAGGACUUGUAGAAAAAGAGAUUGAUUACCAAAGAGAGCUUCUUGAAACCUUGGGGAUGAUGGAUAUGCUUUUUGCCACUAUGACAAGGAAAGAAAGUACUUCUGUGUUGCAGCAUGCAUCUGAUGGAUUUCUAGAAAAUAAGAAGAUAGAAUCAUAGUGUUUACUACAACUAAACCUAAAAACUCCUAACUUGAAAUAGAUUUGACUCUAUUAUUGGAAGGAGAAUUUUUUUGAUAUUGUAAAAACUCUUUUAGAAGCAAUUUUAUGGAAGAGACCGGAAUAAUUAUGAUUGGAAAAUAAGUACUUAUAUUAGACAUGGUUUCCAUGUAAUAUUUUGAAUUAUUUUAUGGCACCUUUGGCUGGAAGAUCUCAUUUGUCCUGGUUAUACUGUCUGUCUACCUUGAUCAUGCUGAUAGUAAUCUUGAUACAGCAAAGUUCUGUAUCACCCUGUGGGUAGGCAUUCAGAACUCUGGAAGGGGUUUUUCGAUUGGGAAUUCUGCCAAAGAAACGGGUUUCUUUUUUACUUCUUCCUUCAAAAGAACAACAACAAAUCAACAAAUGACAGCAAAUAAACUCUUCAUUUUGAUCAGUGCUGUUGGGAUUUCCAGGCUCAGCGAAACUUGCCUCCUCUCUGACAUUGUUAAAUGUCUGAGGCCCCAUGCUUCAUCUGGUAAUAGAACCAUCUCUGUUCCAAGUGUGGCCAACUCUGAAUAUUUCACACCAGAUGGACAUGUACUCAGAAUGUGUUGAGGCAGAUUUGAUACCUAAAAAUCGUGCUAUCACAGGUUUUCUUUUCAUUUUUUUUAAGCUUAAUUCUCUAUCAGAAUGUGGUUUAUAAUUGGACCAUUUCUCUUCCCCUCAAAAUACAGUCUUUUUACCAUGUUUUCAACUUGAUUCAGGUGAGGGGAAUGAUAAAGUUUGCAUUUCUCUUGCAAUAAAUAGCCUUUCAGCCUUUUAUACAUGUUUGGAGCUUAUCUUCUAGUUAACCUACCCCUCUGAAAACCAUUUUCUCUUAUCUGUAUUUAAAUUUUUUCCCUAUUCUUUACAAUCAUCUUGUGAUGAAUAUCAAGUCCCAGAGUAGCUUGCCUUGAAAAAUAGUUUU